AUGCACGUAUGGCUCGCAGAGGCCCAUGCCCAGCGGCAUACGGUGCUUGUGUCGCAUUUUCAUCCAAGAAAGCCCUCGGAUAGUUCGAAGGUGGUCUUGGCCUUUAGUGUGGCGGAUGGGCGGUGCACUUUGACGCUACUGGAGGCGGACAAAAUUGAGUGGUCGAGGACGAGGCGUGUGGCGUCGCUGCAGGGCCUGCUGGGUUUGCUCCCUGUAGGACAAGACAUAUUCUUGGUGGGUGUAUCGUCUUCCGAAACGGUUGGGCAAAUCCUGUCUGAGCAGCGGAUCUACCGAGUUAGUAAUGUGUCCUUUGUCUGUCUCACACGUCGACUCCAAAACGAUGCAGCAUUAGCGCAAGGCGUGCCUGAUGACGCAGGCGCCCCAGAUGAUCCAUGCGCAGCGAUCCGAAAGUACAUGACAGGUGGCUCGUUUUACUUUUCCGAUGGGCUGCACGACAUAACCCGGCGAGUGCAGUCAUCGUGCUGUGGCGCGCCAUCCAGUGACUUUCACGCCCAGUUCCUGUGGAAUGCCUUCAUGCUUGAGCCGAUUGAAACGUUUCGUAUGCGACUCGAUGUGCAUCGUCAGCGAAUUUUGGAUCAGGAGCGCUUCUUUUUGCGUGUGAUUCAGGGUUACGUUGGUGUGUACCAGGUGCGGGCAUGUCGACUCGCCGUGGUAAGUCGCCUGAGUUCACUGCGUGCGGGUACUCGCUUUCAUGCGCGCGGUAUUGAUGACGAAGGCAAUGCCGCGAAUUUUGUGGAAACGGAGACUGUGUUAGUCGCAAAGGAUCUCGUGUAUUCGUUCACGCAGGUGCGUGGUUCCGUGCCUGUAUACUGGGAACAGCAGGGCGUCCAAGCCCUGAAUGCACGAAUUCAGAUCACUCGCUCUGGUGCAGCAUCUUGGCCAGGCUUCUGCAAGCACUUCGACCAGCUCUUGCACGAGUACCAGCGUGUCUUUGUGCUGGACUUGCUGGGCACACGCGAUGUCGAGACCCUCUUGGCGCAUGCGUACAUCGAUCACCUCAGGGAACUGGACGAGACGCGCCCGAUCAAGUACUACAACUUCGACUUUCACAACGUGUCUCGUGCGGUGGGCGGCAUGGAGGGCGUGGGUGCUGAGCUAGAUCGCCUGCAUAACGUACAGACGCAGCGGCAGUACUAUCGGUACACGCUGUGCACGCAAGGCAAGAUGUUGGAGCGGCAGUCGGGUGUGUUUCGUGUGAACUGCUUCGACUGCCUGGACCGGACGAAUGUGGUCGAGGGGCUGCUGUCACACGCGGCGCUCCGAGACUUUUUUCACGAGCUGCGUCGACAUGCGCAAGAGCCGGUGUGUGCGCAGCUGGCCGCUGAUACAAGCCUGCCGGCGGCACUGUGGCAGGCGCACCGCGAUUUAUGGGCCGGCAACGGUGAUGCGCUAUCGAACAUUAGCACGGGCACAGGCUCACUCAAUUCCAACUUCGUUCGGACAGGCACACGCAAAGGGCUCACGGGCCUGAUCAGCGAUGCGGCCAAGAGUGCGAGUCGCCUCUAUGUGAACCAUUUCCAAGAUCAGACGAAGCAGGUGGCGAUUGACAUGUUGCUGGGCAACCGGAGUGGCCAGCAGCACGUGGAGCUGUAUGAUCCACGAUACGCGCGCGUGUCCGAGAUGAUGGCGCGCCGAUGGCACGAGUACGCCAGUGUGCAUGACGUACAGGUGUGGGUCGGCACGUACAAUGCGUGUGCACAGUCACCUGCCGGCAUAGACCUAAGCGUAUGGCUGUACCAGACACCUGAGCCGCCCGAUGUGGUGGCUGUGAUUCUAGAGGAGAUCGUGCCGCUGAAUGCACAGCAGAUGCUGCAGAGCGCUCGUGACGAGCAGGCAGCCUGGCAGCGUGCCCUCAGCACGACGCUGCAUCGUACGGGGAUCCCGUACGAAGCGCUGCGAAACGAGUUGCUGUUUGGGACGGCGCUCUUUGUCUAUGUCAAAAGCAGCUUGUUACCCCACAUUCGGCGCGUUGAGGGCACGACAAAAAAGACAGGUUUCCGUGGGAUGAGUGGCAACAAGGGUGCUGUUGCCGUGCGCUUCGAGCUGUUCGAUACGAGCAUCUGCAUGGUGGGAUCACAUCUGUCGUCUGGCAGUAACAACAAGGAGGAACGCAAUGCCGACUACCACGCCAUUGCCCGCGACUUGGUAUUUACCCGUGGCCGGACGAUCGAUUCGCAUGACCACAUUUUCUGGGCAGGUGACCUCAACUACCGCAUCGCUUUACCGAGUGCCGAAGACGUGCGCGAUCUCGCGUCGCGGCGCCAGCUCGAACCGCUUCUGCUGCACGAUCAGCUGACAGACGUUCGCAUGUCGAAUCAAGCCUUUGCAGGCUACGAUGAGAUGCCGAUCCGUUUCCCGCCCACGUACAAAUUUGACGUGGGCUCGGACAUUUAUGACACGUCAGAAAAGCUGCGUCCACCUGCAUGGACGGACCGUGUGCUAUUCAAGUGUACGCGUCCCACGCUGCAUAUCCACCCGAUUGCGUACGAUUGCGCGCCGAUUCGUGCGAGUGAUCACCGCCCGGUAGGCGCUUCACUCAACGUCGGGAUAUGUACGCUGGAUACGGCGUACCGCGACGAGCUGUACGAGUCGCUCGUGAACGGCAUGAUCGAGCAGGACAAGAAAGAAGGUGAAUCGUCUCUCGCACGGCCCCCGCCCUCGUCCGACACGGCGCAGUGGUGGAACCAGGCCCACCAACCGCCUCUCUCACCUGCACUAGGCGAUCCCAGCGUACGUGGUAACCCCUUUGAGCAGCGCGAUCCAGCGCCAACGCCGACGCUCCCCACACGCCAGGCAGUGCUCUCGCCGCCUCCGAUCCCUCCGCGUCCUGGCAAGGCGCCGUAG